CUGAUAGCUUUGGUAGCUCUAAAACUGUAAUUGAGCUACUUUAAAACUGCACAUUUCAAGCUGUUUUGCUAUUUCCUUGCCUGACUCUAAACUGUAACGCAGUGACUUUCAAACCAUUCAUAUUUUAGGAAUAUACAUUAGUGUUCCUUUUGAUGAUAGCUUGGUCGACUCGAAAACUGUGGACUCUUCAAGCUGUAGGCCAACAAGCAAUGUCUCUCCAACUGUAACUAAAGGCAUUGUGGUUAUGAGACGAAUCAGGGGGUUGUAUUAUAUAGAUAUGUAGUCAUAGAUAUGUAUCUAUACAUAUAAAAACCGGUAAGCGGCAAAAAUGUUCCGUUCCCCGCCCAUAUGGCCCUUUUAACUCUGUGAACAGAGUAUAAGUAGUUGCCUUUUGCCUCGCAAUGUGUCCAAAUACGCCCUGUUAUCCAAGUAUUGCCAAGUAUUGCAUUCAACGGGUCAAACCAAAUAAAAUACCGCUAUAAAAUACCAAAAUGUCAAACAUUUUGACACAUAUCGAUAUCGGUUAUCGAUAUCGUUGAAACUCGCAAGUGACAUAUCUGACCGUGACUGGAACUUAGAAAGAAAACUUUUUGGCCAAACUUUUUGCGGCCAGCGAAAGAUUUUCGUGAGUCCAUAGAGUUCGGAUAAGUCUGACAAAUAAUACCCAUUGAUCUAGAGUGCAAGGGAUAAGGUCAGCUUUAAGGCUUUGCUGCGAGAUUUUCAUAUUUCCUUUGUUCGCCCCAACAAGCCGCCAUUUUGACGGACAAGAAAUCCUUCGACAGAUUCGACAGAACUGUAAAGAAUAGUUAAUGGACUCUGAACUACAAUAAAUACUAUUGUUUCCGCAACAACAGUCGAGCACGUGAAAAUGGAACAGAACGGAAAAGUAACGAAAUUGAAUAGAAAUCGCGUACGCAAAUGCAUCGUGGAUUGGAACAGUCGUGUGGUGCAGGCUCUCGUCGAGAAUGUGCGAAAGAACGAGAACCUGUGGAAUCCGCAUCAUUGUUUCUACAAAGAUCGCAUCAUAACGCGAAAUGCUUGGGAGAAUGUUUCGGCUGCCAUCGAUGUACCGAAAAGCGAGGCAAUCCUAAAAUGGCAUUCCAUACGUUCCAGCUACAGAACGCAUUUGAAAAACCUGCAGGAAUUCAGAACCGGACAGAUUGUCAAGGACAAGAAACCAAAUCCAUUAUAUUCAGCAAUGUCCUUUCUCGAUUCUGUCAUGAAAUUUCCGCCCACGACACCCCAACUGAGUACGCAUCCAGCAAAUAAACAGGCCGCAACAUAUGAGACAAGCCGGAAACCCUUUCAGCUGCGAGCUAGCGAUAAUAUCUGGGAUGGCAGCCUGAGGAAAAUGGAGCCCAUCCAGGCGUUAAUUGCCGGCAAAUUGAUUAGCAGCGUUCUCAUCCAAGGCCAACUGGGCCAAUUGAGCAUGAGCAGCAAUAUCGCGCAUAAUACUCCCAGGCUGUUCGAAUCGUAUCAACUACCCCGUAUUGGAUGUCCGACACUCAGAAGCGUUGAGACCUUGGUGGAAUUGCUGCCAAACAACAUACACUGCCGCUGCUUAAUGUGCGGCGCUAUGAUGGCAUAUCAAUAUGAUAACAUAAGAGAGCAUUACGAGAGCUACCAUCCGAAUAUGCCCGUUAAUCAAGACGCAGCAAGCAGCAAUGCGUCGACUGCAGCCACCGCGCCAAGCAGCACGAGUCAAAGUCAAUGCAAUCCAAUGUGCGCUCUUUGCAGAAUUGCGCGCUGCGACGGCCGUGCAAGUGGAAGCGAGAGGCAACUAACUACGCUGGCCUGGCACCGGUUCAUAAAUUGGUUCCUGCUCUGGUUUGGCUCUCAGCUGUGCGACGUUUCUCGUUCAGUAAACGAACGAUACUCAAGUACGACGCACGCUUUGCUGUUGUUUUUUUUUUUGGUUUUUUAGUUGUUCAUUCUUCCAUCUCAACAAUAUAUCUGUUGAAUAUGUCGCUAAAGCGUUAUAAAAAUCCAGUCAACAAUCAUUUCAUAUACAACGAUGAAAUCCGCAAAAGCAC